GGAAGCGCCGCGGGGCCGCGGCCUCCGCCAUGGAAACCGCGGGAGGCGGGCGGGCUCGCUCCGCCCGCAGGCGCCGCCGGCAGCGCCGCCCGGCCCGGCCGUCCCCGGGGAAGGAAGUUGGCGGCGCGCAUGGAGCAGGGCCGGGAGGAGGAGGAGGAGGAGCUGGAGGAGGACGAUGGCGGCCCGGAGAGGGCUCUGGAGAAGAGCCCGUUCCAGCUGACGGCCGGGGAUGUGUAUGACAUCUCCUCCGUGGUGGGCCGGGACCUGCUGCAGCUGCAGCUCAGCGCGGGGCCGCCGCUGCCCGCCGCCCUGGCCCGGCUGCAGUUCCGCAUCGUGCGGGUGCUGGAGAUGCUGGAAGCGCUGGUGAGCGAGAGCAGCCUGGCCGAGGAGCAGCUGCGGCUGGAGCGGGACAGCCUGCGGCGGGAGCUGGCGGAGCUGCGGGCGGCGGGGGCCCGAGCGGGCGCGGGGCAGCUCAGCCUUGGACCAGACAAAAUGGUAAUAGACCUCACUGAUCCAAAUCGGCCCCGGUUCACGUUACAGGAGCUACGAGAUGUGUUGCAAGAGCGUAACCAGCUGAAAGCUCAGCUUCUUGUGGUGCAAGAGGAGCUACAGUGCUAUAAGAGUGGGAUCAUCUCACAGAGAAAGGACCAAACUGAAGAACUGGAAGAAGAGGCUGCCAGCAGCAGCUCUGGCACCAGCCGGGACAGUGAAGAGAAGACGAUCAUCAAACGGCUGUUCUCUUUUAAACAUGGAAAAGGAGCAUCCUCCAGAACUUAACCACUUCUGUUCAGAAAUGGCACUGAUGAGAGCUGCUAAGGCAUCAGGGGAGUCAUUGAUUGGAAGAAAAAGCAUCACUCCUACUGUAGAGAAUAAGCAAUCUCAUAAAAAUAAUGUUGUACAAUAUUCUUUCAGAAUAGAUUUUACUUUGCUUUUUUAGAAACUGUUUAAGACAGACACUUUUUGUAUUUCUUCACUUCAUGCCAGACAUUACACACACAGAAUAAACGUUUAUACAAAA